CGACAUACGAUCGAGCUCAGUAGCGGCAGAAGAGAGGAGAGGGGCCAUGCAGGGCGACGGCGGCGAGGUGCUGUUCCUGGGCGGCGAAGGAGAGGUCACCGUCACCCUCGGCCACGACGGCCUCUCCUUCCAGCCUCUCCACCCGGAACCGAGUUCUUCAUGUUGGACAUCCAUAAUAUUGCAACCAAAAUUAGAGAGCCAAAUCAAGUUUGCAGAUGUCUAUGCCGUGGAGCUUCUCGGUGAAGGCCCGGUGUGUGGACCUUGGAAUCCAAGGAUUGCCAUUCAAGGCAAGACAAAUAAUGAGAUGCACCGAUUUGCCGUACAUGUGGUGACCAGAUCAAGAAAACAACCUUCUCCAUGGGUACCUUGUGAAUAUCUUUUUGGACACAAAGACCCGGAGAUCUGCAAAAACUGGGUUGAGAUUCUCAGUGCAUGCACAAAUAGUGAACAGGAUAGGCCCAAGAAUCUGCUGGUAUUUGUCCAUCCACUGUGUGGAAAAGGUAGAGGUUGCAAAAAUUGGGAAGUGGUGGCUCCUUUAUUUGACCGAGCGAAAGUGAAUACGAAGGUGAUAACAACGGAGAGAGCAGGACAUGCAUAUGACACCUUAGCAUCACUGUCAGAUAAAGAGCUCAAGAAAUUUGAUGGUGUUGUUUCAGUGGGUGGUGAUGGUUUAUUUAAUGAAAUUCUGAAUGGGCUGCUAAGCUCGAGACAUAAGACUUCAUAUCCGCCUACUCCGGAGGGAUUCGGUUAUGUUGGAAGCACUGAGACACACCAAGGAUAUAGAAAUGAUGGGCUAAGCAACAGUAUGCCCACAUCUGAUGCUGUAAAUGUCAUGCUCCCUGGGGGUUCGAACAAAUCUGAUGACCAUGAACCUCUUCUUUCAACUGCACAAUCUCCUGGAUUAGACAUCUCAUCAUUAAACUCUAAUACAGAACCAUCCAGUGGAGAUCAAGUGCCUUCAGUCUCCUUCCCAAAUGAUUGGUUUAGGCUUGGCAUAAUUCCUUCUGGCUCAACGGAUGCUAUCGUUCUCAGCACAACUGGGGAGCGUGAUCCUGUGACAUCAGCUCUGCUUAUUAUCCUUGGUAGAAGGAUGUCGCUUGAUAUAGCUCAAGUAGUCAGAUGGAAGAGUAGUCCAUCGGCUGCGAUCUUACCUACUGUACGCUACGCGGCUUCAUUUGCAGGAUAUGGAUUUUAUGGAGAAGUUAUAAGGGAGAGUGAAAACUUCCGAUGGAUGGGCCCCGCACGUUAUGAUUUUUCUGGAACAAUGGUCUUUCUGAAGCACAGAUCUUACGAGGCAAAAGUGGCUUUUCUUGAGAAUGGGAAUACUGAUUCACUUACAGCAUCAGCAGAGAAUGUUUCAAGUGGAGUAAAACUACUACAACCACGUCAGAAAAGACCUCGCAAGACCAUCUGCCAAACAAAUUGUUCUGUAUGCAAAGAAACUUUAACGUCUGGACAAAAUUCAGAAGGUGAGAUUCCAGACAGCUCUGGGCCUGAGAAUCCGAAAUGGGUCUGGUCCAAGGGGCGAUUUCUCAGUGUUGGAGCAGCUGUCAUUUCCUGUCGCAACGAAAGAGCCCCCGAUGGCCUAGUGGCUGAAGCACACCUCUCAGAUGGUUAUCUUCAUCUUCUGCUAAUUAGAGAUUGCCCUCUUCCCUUAUACUUAUGGCACCUUACACAAUUUACCAAGAAGGGAUCAGACCCUCUAACCUUCAAGUUUGUUGAACAUCAUAAGACAAAAGCAUUUACCUUCAUCUCAUUGCACGACGAAAGUGUCUGGAACCUGGAUGGAGAGCUUUUUCAGGCCAGUGAGGUGUCCGUCCAAGCUUGCCGGGGCCUUGUCAACCUCUUCGCAUCAGGGCCAGAGGUGUAGCAAACUAGCAUUGCAGCAUAAGUUAUAGUAUCCCUUUCACCCUCUGUUUGUCCCAAGGGAGGACAUGCGAAAGUUGUGUUGUAGGCCACCCUGUAGAAAGUCACCUGUACAUAUGGAUAUUACAGUACCCGCACCACGCAGUAGUAGAGAAACAGUGAAAUUUCAUCUGUUGUUGUAAUGCUGCAAGAUUAGGGGUUGCCCUCAUGAAUGAAUCCCCGUUUUCGCUA